AUGUGGCCUCUAAUAUUGUUGUAUUUCACUUUUCACGGAAUUAAAUGUGAGCCGGAAACCGUUAGAGACAACUCCGAUUACUUCAGUUACGGUAAUGAAGAAAAUGUUUUAAAAAAUCUGGACCUACACGCGCCAAAAGACGAAAUUGUGUUAAGACCGCAAGAAGUUAAAGACUGGCCACAACAGUCUCUGAAUGUGGGACAAAUAACUGCUGUCUCAAUAAAUUCUUUGGGACAGCCCGUAAUCUUCCACCGAGCCGAAAGAGUGUGGGAUGAAAGUACUUUCAAUGAAUCGAAUGUGUAUCAGAAUCUCGAUAAAGGCCCCAUUAUUGAAGAUACCAUAUUAGUACUUGACCCUCACACCGGCUCUGUGCUUCAUAGUUGGGGGGCAUAUGCUUUUUAUAUGCCCCAUGGUUUGACUGUGGAUCAUCAUGACAACGUUUGGGUAACUGAUGUGGCAAAACAUCAAGUUUUCAAGUAUACACCGAACAAUCACAAAUAUCCAAGCCUUACUAUCGGAGAGGCCUUUACUGCUGGCUACCCGUAUAGACGAAGGGUUUUAUUAUGUAUGCCGACGUCAGUAGCUGUCGCUACAACAGGAGAAAUCUUUGUUGCUGAUGGUUAUUGCAACAAUCAGAUUCUAAAAUUCAAUGCCGCUGGAACAUUACUAUUCGCGAUGCCCACAUUCUCCGACACCCUGACCUUAAAUGUGCCACACAGUGUCACAUUGUUGGAGAGCCUGGAUAUAGUUUGUGUGGCUGACAGAGAGAAUAUGAGAAUUGUAUGCCCCAAAGCUGGGUUGAAGAGCUAUGUGAAUAUGUUUGAAGCGGCGACUGUAAUUGAGGAUCCCACUCUUGGACGUGUUUUUGCCGUGGCUUCUCAUAAUGAUAUGAUUUAUGCUGUUAAUGGUCCGACCUCUCAAAACAUCGCUGUACGGGGUUUUACUGUAAAUGCUGUUUAUGGAAAUAUAUUGGACACUUGGGAACCAAGCGCUAGUUUUACUAAUCCACAUUCUCUGGCGGUGACAAGAAACGGUUCCCAUCUUUACGUAACGGAAAUUGGACCUAAUAAAAUCUGGAAAUUUGAAUUAACCGAUGUCUUUGACAAGAAAUAA